AUGAUCACCCAAUCCGCGCCGCGGCCGCUGAGCAGCUGGAAGGCCGUCCUGCGAUGCACCCGCCAGCAGCUAUUCCGCGCAAUGGCUACCGAAGCAACUCCCACGGCCUCUGCUUCUACACCACCGCCUCCUCCUCCUCCUUCUCCUCCUCCGGCCGCCGUAAAACCCACCCUCUACCUCCGAAAAUCCAACCUCCCCCACAAACCCAUCCGCACCGCCUUCGCAGUCUACCCCCGCGUCCCCUCGGCCCGCAAAACGCACCCCGCCCCCCUAGACUCGUACCACGCGCAGCAAAUCCAGCGCCUCGACCACACCGGCGCGCGCCGCGCCCUAUUCUCCAAGGCCAACCCGGACGCCGCCAAGCCCGGCGACGUGCUGCAGGUGUCGACGCGGCGGGGCGGCGGCGAGCCCUUCGCCGGCGUGUGCCUGUCGAUCCGACGGGCCGGCGUCGACACCGCCAUCCUGCUGCGCAACCACCUCAGCAAGGUCCCCGUCGAGCUCUGGUUCAAGAUCUUCUCCCCCAACAUCACCGGCAUCGAGAUCGUCUGGCGCCGCCCCAAGCGCGCCCGCCGCGCCAGGCUCACCUACAUGCGCAAGCCCAAGCACGACAUGGGCAAUGUCGAUCACCUGGUCGCUGCCUGGCGCCGCACGAGGAACGUCUUUACGACCAAGGGCCGGGGCAAGGGGAAGAGUGUCAGCGCCGCCGGUGCGAAGCGGUAG